CUCUCCAGUUCUAUUGAAAUAUUUGAAAUAUAUCUUACUGAAAUUAGGGGUCAGAUACCAUUAGGAAUUGGGAAUUUAAGUAACUUAAACACUUUGUUUUUAUCCGGCAAUGACUUGACUGGAUCAAUGCCAACAACAUUAUGUGAUUUACACAUUCUUCAAAGGCUAGGACUUGCUGUUAAUAGGUUGAGUGGAUCCUUGCCCGAGUGCCUUUGCAAAAUGUCAGUGUUGGGCUUGCUUUCUUUGUACCAUAAUCGGAUUUCUGGUCCGAUACCAUCUUGCAUUGGUAAUGCAACAUCUUUAAGAAAUGUUUAUCUAUCUUCAAAUAGGCUUACUAACAUACCCACGAGUCUAUGGAGCCUCAAAGAUCUUUUGGUGCUUAACUUGUCAAAUAAUUCUUUGAUUGGUUCUAUACCUCCAGAAUUAGGAAACUUGAAAGCCAUAACGUCCAUAAAUCUGUCCAGGAAUCAACUUUCAGGAAGUAUUCCCUCCACAAUCGGAGACUUGCAGACCCUAAUUUAUCUUUCAUUGGCUUAUAAUGAGUUACAAGGAUCUAUUCCAGAGUCACUUGGGAAAAUGAUAAGUUUGGAAUCAGCGAAUCUAUCCAAUAACAUUCUUUCAGGUACCAUUCCAAAAGCAUUAGAGUUGCUUCGCUAUCUGAAGAAUUUCAAUGUAUCAUUCAAUAGAUUAGAAGGUGAAAUCCCAAGUAAAGGACCUUUUCUCAAUUUCACCUCUCAAUCUUUUAUGGGAAAUGGAGGGUUAUGCGGCGGUUUGCUUUUCCAACCUUGUGUGACUAGGGCUUUUCAUCAUUCAAGGAGAAGCAAACUGCUUCUGAUUAUACUUGUCUCACUGGGAGCUGCGGUAAUGGUACUUGGCUCAAUCGGUGUGUUUAUGUUAAGGAGACGUCGGAAUAGAAAUAUUCCAAAUCAAGCUGAAUCCUUUGCUGCAACCACACUAGCCAGGAUUUCUUACAUUGAAAUUGAAAGGGCAACUCAAGGGUUUGAUCAAUGCAACUUGCUAGGCUCUGGAGGUUUUGGCUCUGUUUACAAGGCCGUGUUUGAAAAUGGGAUGACUUUGGCAGUCAAAGUGUUUAAUUUACAGGUUGAAGGUGCAUUAAAGAGUUUUGAUGCUGAAUGUGAAGUUUUACGCAACCUUCGGCAUAGAAAUCUUACCAAAGUUAUCAGCAGUUGUACUAACUUGGAUUUCAAAGCACUACUUCUUGAGUAUAUGCCGAAUGGAAGCCUAGAGCUGUGGUUACAUUCUGAUGAUCACUUCUUGAAUAUGAUCCAAAGAUUAGACAUAAUGAUUGAUGUUGCAUUUGCUCUGGAAUAUCUCCACCAUGGUUAUGAAACAGUUGUUGUACAUAGUGACCUGAAACCUAGCAACGUCUUGCUAGAUGAAAAGUUGGUUGGACACUUGAGUGACUUCGGCCUUACCAAGUUAUUAGGAGAAGGGGAAUCAAUUGCUCAUACUAAAACACUUGCCACAAUGGGCUACAUUGCACCAGAGUAUGGAUCAGUUGGAUUAGUUUCUAGAAGAUGUGAUGUGUACAGUUACGGCAUAAUGCUCAUGGAAACUUUCACAAGGAAAAGGCCAUAUGAUGAAAUGUUUCAAGAAAAUUUGAACAUGAGGAGUUGGGUCUGUAAUUCACUACCUGUAGCACCAGCUGAUAUUAUUGAUGACACCUUAUUGCAACCUGAAGAGAUUGAUUUUUUUUAAAAGUUGAGUUCUGUGACCUCUAUUUUGGAGUUGGCAUUGAAUUGCACAGCUGAAUCUCCUAAUGAGAGGCUCAACAUGAAAGAUGUCCUGGCAAAUAUCAAGAAGAUCAAGGAUGAAUUUCUAUGCAGAUGAUGUAACAAGGUUUAUGCGACAGUAGGUAUCCGACUUUUUAAACAUUCUAAUGUCAUAUAGAGAAAUUAUUUCCCAUUUCGGGAAUAAAAAGAUUACUGUCUUGUCUA